AUGGGAAGAAAUAGUGGUGAAUUAGGUCCUAAGAUAGUGCAAAUUGAAACACGAUAUGUACAAACUGAUGCAGUGAACUUCAGAGACGUUGUUCAAAGCCUUACUGGAAAAAAUUCCUCCACAGAUUGGAUAGGUCGAGGAACAAAUGCCGGCACCGCUGCGGCCGCUGCAGCUUCAGAGAUUAAAGGAGGACAUAUCAAGGUAGAGGAAGUGGCUAUUGAUACAACUUCAACUGCUAAGUUAAUGAUGAUGAGCAACAUGUCCUUCAAAGAUCUUGAAAGGUUGUUAGAGAUGCCUCCACUUCAAAUGGAAGAGAUGUUAUGGUUAUAA